CCACCCACCCACGCUCGCUUCCCGGGCUGCUGUAGCCGCGGUGGGGCCCUCCGACACUAGCCCCCCCCCCCCCCCCAACCCCUUCGUCGCUCCUCGCCGCUGCUUCGCGCCUCACGCGCUCCUUUGCCGGAUAAUCACCACCGAGCCUGAGAGAGACGGGAAGGACGGGAGGGAGGGAGACUGAGACCUGCUGCGUUCUUCAGUGCGUCUCUGCUUCGGCUUUUCCGGCCCUGCUUUGGGGGGCGUGAGGAGGGGAACGUGGGGGACAACUGCGCGCGUAGAGAACUGCCCCCCCCCCCGCAAAGGAAUCCAUCCUUCUCUCGUUGCGCGUCCACCCUCUGGGACAAAGUGCAGAAGAGGGGAGGAGAGAGGGGGGGUUGUGGGGGGUAGGGGGGGGGGCGUCCCGCCUGGCUCUAGAGACACACAGCGAGGCGAACACGAACAACACGGCCGGGACGCGUGGAUCGGACACACGGGGAAGACACGCGUAGCGGGGACAAGUGGCGCCAUGGCGACGGUGGACAGCUGCGGUUCCGGCGCCUCUGGGCGGCUGAGACGCGGCGACCUGCUUCACACCGGUGUGGCGGUGGCACUGCUGCUUGGUGUGUGGAGUGUUGGUGGACUGGAGGUCACGACCAGUAAAGUGCCUCAACUUGAAGCGAUCAAUGGCUCCACGGUCCUGCUGCCCUGCACCUACUCCUCCUGCAUCGGCAUCAAAAACCUCUACUUCAACUGGCACUACGACGACAACGGCACCUUGCUAAAGCUAUGUGAGGCGGUGAUUCCCAUUGAGGGCGUGGAGCCCCGGGUCAGUGUGUACCACGAGCGCGUGGAGUUUGUCGGCUCUUCGAAGAGCAACAACAUCUCCAUCCUGCUGUGGAACAUCACCUUCGAAGAUGAGGGAACGUACCUCUGUUUCGCCAGGAACCCAAAAGAGAAGUACCGCAACCACACUGCUUACUACUAUCUUAAAGUGGUGGACCAAUUGAAGGAGAUUGAAACUACUUUGACAACCAUCAUUGUCUCCGUGGUGGGUGGAGUCAUUGGUAUAUCUAUCCUGGCCAUGGUGAUAAAGGCGUUGGUUGUUCACUUUCUGCUGAAGGACGAUGAGAAAAACAAAGAGUGCCUGGUGAGCUCAGGGAACGACAACACCGAGAACGGAGGCUCGGGAGCCAAAGCCGACGCCAAAGGGACGCCAAAGGCCUGAGUGAAAGAGCACGUCUGUAUGUUGGUGUACACGUUGAGACUAACGUACAGGCUGGGAGAAGGAGCCGUUACCAGGGGACUGUUUGAUCGUACUAGCGGCUAACACAACAUGUACAUUUCUAAAUUUUAAAGUCACGCUUCAGAUAUCCCGGGGAAAGCGUGGAUCCCUCCGUCAGCUUCACGUCGGCCCAUUUGUUGCACCGCGAUCGGCUUUCCCCCCCGGGGCAUGAAGUAGGAUUUCUCUGGCCUGGAGAACAACUGCCUCUGCUCUCAGAUAUACUCGUUGUUUUCACGCCGGCUUUACAUCGUCUCAGAGGAAUCCUCUUCCCCCAAAAAGCAGAGCCUCUUAUUUUUAGAGCAAAUUUAAUAAUAAUCAACUGCCACUUGAAAGCAGUUCAGCGCACUCACUAGACAGGCCACCAGAAUGUUUGCCCCCCCCCCCCCCGUCUACACCCCAAAUCAACCUAACCGGUGGCAGCAAACACACCUGGUUGCCAUGGUGAAUUGCCAUAACCUAUGUAGUGCCACGAUGACAUUGUUUUUCAGUUCACAAAAUGAAGAAAAUGUGUUGGUUAAACAUGGUAUAUAUACAUAUUUUCAACACAAUGUUUGACUCUUCUUGUGAUUAACAAGAAGAGUCUUUUGAAACAGUUUUUAUUCAUUUUUUAUUUCCGAUCGGCUAACAAAUGGGCUCUCUUAGGUGACUGAAGGAUCCAGCGACGCACAGGUGUAUUGUCUCGCUUUAGAUGAAACCCAGGUGCCUGUUCUGCUUGUGCUCCCUCUCCUGGUGGGAAGAUGAAAAAAUAUAUAUAUAUAUAUAUAAAAAAAAACAAUCCUAUCCCUCAUCAAAGACAAUCCCUAGAUUACCCAGCUCCCUAUAGAAAGGAAUGACACUGAUCAUGCUGCUUCUGAGUAAUAACCAAUGCAUUUUUUGCAUGUGCGCGUUUUAUAUAACUUCCCAUAAGUAUACGUCGUCUCGGGCCACAGUGGAGUGACGUUUCUGUGCGUCUCCGUGGGGUCCCAUUCAACCCCUUUUCACAGCACUGCUCCAACCAUUGUUACCCUUUAAACCCGGGUCACAGAGGUAGACCUGCAGGGAUUUGCGGGGGGGUUAACGGCAUUUGACACUGAUGCAAAACGGGAAAAGCGUGAAUCAUCAUCACGAUGGAAACACUCCGCUGGACGCUUAGUGAGAAAGUGGCCCCUUGGUCCAGUGGCGUAUCAGCAGGAUAUACUGUGGGGAGAGCAACAUAAUAUAAUUACACAACCACAUUUCCGUGGCUGGAUGCAGACUCCCAACUGGCUACCGUCCAAUAAUAAAACUUGCUCUGAGAACCACAAGAAAACACUUAACCCCACGAGUCUAUUGGUGCUGCCUCGGUAAAGCGGGAAGCAGCAUUGGGACAGAUGAGGGAAAAAGAAUGUAACGAUUGUCAGGGAAUAGAUGUUUGAUAUCAUUUAUAAAUAGUAUAUUUUGAUCCAUUCUAAACUCAAUAUAGUGAUGCUAUUAUCAAAUGAAUGUUUGAAUAGACCUAAAGGCCAGUGGUUUAUUUUUCUUUGCCAACUGUCUUAUUUCAUGUGACUCAACAACCAGCCAAUAUUUACGGCAUUGUGAUCAAACUUCAGUUUAGGAAAGAACUAUUUGCUGCGACUGUAGGAAUCGUAGUCAUUGCACAUAAUACAAAGUUUGUGCUGUGUAGUGGUGUCAUAGCACUACAUGUUUAUUGGUAACUUAUUGGAGGGUCCCGGCAGAAAAAAUAAACAGAUAGUAAAAAAAGAUAUAUAUUAUAUGUGAAUUUAGAACAUGCUCUAAUGAGACAGCUGGCAAUGGGAAAGUUUAAGGCCCUUCUCCGUAUCGCAUCUGCAUCUGGUGGUUGAUAUGGACGCACUUAGAGCUGAGAUGCUGACGGGAAGCUAGAAGCUGCUCUCAGUACAAAAAGCUCACGUCUGUGAAACUGGAAGACAUGACCUGCCACGCCCUCACACACACGCACUUACAUACUAGGAGCCACCUUGAAGCCAGCGUGUAGUCUUGCAUACAAACUCUGGUCUUGCAUACAAACAACACAGCACUUUUUUCCCUGUUCAGAGUGGCUGCACAAGACAGGGAGUCCUGGACGUGACUCAAAAGUCAUCGUUCUCUUAUGACACUUUGGGAGAGUCGCCAAAAUCCAAAAACAAUGUUUGAGCAUUGUCUGGAAAGACUUCAUCUCGUUGGUCUCAAAUUGUUCUCCUCCACACCUGGAGUGCGUUCCCCGCUUUGCUUUCAAUGGAAGCAAUAAGACAGAUAUCAGAUUAUGCAAUAACCUGUUAUGAGGCACUUUAUGGAUGUGUCUGGACUGGCUCCGUUCGAGGCACCGGUCAUUUUACCAAUGUGUGUAUCUACACUGUACUCAUGUACUUUAUUUACUGUAAUCCAGUAGGACUAAUGCACCGGCAUUAGAUCCACACUGCAUAUAAGACAAAUUGAUCGACUUUAAUGGCUCCUUAUACAUUGCAGCUGUAAAUGUGCAGUGUUUGAAGUGAUACAGCAUCCUUGUUGUGUUGUAUACCUGUGAAUGUUAUGGAUAUAAAGAAGCACUUCACACACACACACACACACACACACAUGCACACACGCACUUGCUUUCCUGUCUGUGGAGUCUUGUGCACAUCCGUCUGUAGACAGGAUACAUCCAACGUUGUCCUGUAGGGAAAAACAACACUGUGGAUUUGACCUGUCUGUUUGUGCACUUUUCUUAACGUUCAACCCUUACAGAGCGUAACAAAAAGGUGGUUUCCUCUAAGGGUUUGUGUCGCAUAACGUGUAUAUAUUUGUGGGUUUGUGUGGUCCCUCUUCCUUGUUUCUGUGAUCCCUUAUUUGAUUUAUUAUGUUUUCUGGAAUGAAACCCAUUGUCAUUAUGUAUAUCGUUUUUGCAAGAUGGAGAUUUUUGAUAUUCAUGAUAAUAAUAGCUUUAUUUCCCUGAAGUGACAAAGUGGAAAACCUCGCUAAGCGCAGCAAACCGGACAGGUAAACAUGUGAAAGAUAAACUAAAUGCUCUCUGGUCUAAUGCAGUCUAUAUCUAGUUGUGGAACAAUGUGAAAUAUUGGCUGUUUAAACUAUUUAUUACUUUCUUAUAACCUUUUUUUCUCCUCACAAAAGUCCCUCUGUACCCUCUGACCUACCCUGUCUCUAAUGUGUGUCCUGAAUCGUACAUGAGUACUGAGGUCUGCCACCUGCUUGUUGUGAUGCUGCAGUACUGAGUAGUAGACACAGUAGGACUACCCCCCAGUGGUCGAUACCCGACAUGUCAAACGCUCUUCCCUCGGGGGGGGGGGAGGCUGAUGAUUCCAAAAUGCACAUUUUGAUACAUAUUGAAAUUGCCGCAUUAUGAAUUUAUUUAAAUUUCUGAUAGCAUCAUUACUCUAAUUUCCAUAGUCAAAACAAUAUAAAUGAUGUUAAAAAUUGUUGCAAAUUGCUUUAGCUGAUGCUAUUAAUUGUUUACAAGUAUACAUAAUUAUAACCCCGGUGCCCAUUUGACAUGAUAUGUGCAUUUGGAGAAAAAAAAAGGGCCGAUAUGUAUAAGUUUACACUUAAUCUUUUAGGAAAAGGAUACGUGCAAAAAUGUGUACAAACAUGAUUAUCAAAUUGCUCCCAGUGUUAGUGUAACAUCGCUCACUGAAACCACAAAGAGUUGUGACUGACCACCACCACGGCGACUCCGAGUUGGCGUCGCUUUUACUGCCACGGCGGCUGAAACUCAAACUGCCAAUCCAAGAGUCUCACUGUUGUAUCUACACCACCAUCACCACGACGACGACGACGCGCAACUCAUUCAGUGCACUUACACUACAGUCACCGUGUCGUAUCGCCACCUAAAGCGCCGGUGGUGGCAUUUCAGUACUCUGCUGUACACGGUAUGGCUCUGAACUGCAUCUGUAUUUCUAGCAGCUGAAACGGACACUGCCAAGCCAAGAGUCUGACGUCUGCUCUCUGUUUCCCACAUUCCACCGAGCACUGACCUGAGAUCAGCGCUACUACAAUCCCAAUUCAAGGGGGGCGAUGAAUAAAAUGAAAUGAAGUAGAGACAUCUUUUUUUUAUGACACUUUUCGGUAUCAGAAUUAUUAGAAACAAACUUCAAACUAUUGUUAGCGAUGCCAGAUGCUACAUAUUGACCUAUUGACCUUAGCAAACUGCAUCCUGUAGGUCUUGAAAGAUAUUGUCUUAUAGAUCUCGAGAUUUGAAUGACAAGCUCAGGCGAUUACCCUCCACCUGCAGAUCUGCAUUUUAAACUAUUUAAACACUGUUUUACACAUCUUACUGAUGUUAUUUUGUCUUUUUCAACAUACAAGAUUGAUGUUUACACAGCAAAUUCUCUACACUAUCCCACACCCUACUUCCUCUGAUCAUCCAGCUGUUUGUCCGUGCUCCUGACCUCGUUGCUCAUGCUCCCUUCAUGACUAUGCACCUCAAACUUUUGACUUGUAAAAAAAAAAAACAUACUGGAAAUAAAAUGUUUGAAACUCA